AGUGACUAUAUCAUCUGGUUUUUAAAGGAGCUCUCAGUCAGACUGAGCCAGUUUGUGAGGAGAACUCAGGAACAUGGCUUCAUCUUUUCUCCGCUUCACUUUCCUCUUCAUCAGCAUCCACAUUGCAGAUGGAUUUUUAGAGUAUAUAGUGGAUCGUUGUGAAUUUAACUCCACUGAGCUGAAGGAAAUGGAGUACAUCUACUCUCACUAUUACAACAAGAUAGAGUACAUCAGGUUCAGCAGCAGUGUGGGGAAGUACGUUGGAGUCACUGACUUUGGAGUGAACCUGGCAAAACGCUGGAACAAUAAUACUGCACUGCUGAAUUCAACGAGAAGUAAGAUAGCGACAUACUGCCUUAGCAACAUUGGAAUUCAUGACCGGGCUAUUAUAGCUAAAUCAGUUCGGCCCAGUGUCAGAAUUAAGUCCAAGACUCCGCUUUCUGGUCAACAUCCUGCCAUGUUGGUCUGCAGCGUCUACAACUUCUUUCCCAGGAAGAUCAAAGUGAGCUGGCUCAGAGAUGGACAGAAGGUCACCUCUGAUGUCACUUCCACUCAAGAGAUGCCAAAUGGCGAUUGGUACUACCAGACCCACUCCCACCUGGAGUACACACCCAGGUCUGGAGAGAACAUCUCCUGUGUGGUGGAACACGCCAGCCUGAAGGAACCUCUGAUCACUGACUGGGAUCCGCCCUCCGACAAAUCAACUCCUGAAUCAACCACGCUGAUUGCUAUCGGAGCCUCUAUACUGACCCUAGGUCUGAUCUUACUUCUGGCUGGAUUUUUUCUCUACAGGUGGAAGGCCCGAGAUCAUACUCUGUUUUCCAAUGAAUAAGGCAGCAUCCUGAUCCUAAUCCUGGUUCUUUCUCAUUGAAUAAGAAUCCGCUGCUUCAUGAAUGGGCGACUCUAAACAUGAUCCAUGACUAAACACAUGUAUAGAUUUUUAAUGGAUGUCUUCAAACCACAAUAAACAUAAAAUUUC